AUGUAUCGUUCAGCCCAAGCAAUCCAACAUCAUCCAAACAACGCCAAACGCCAAACCAAAGACAGCAUCGCACGAAGCAGCAAACGAUUGCAGGCGCAAUUCAUGUCAAAACGUAAAAAAGAAAAAAGAAAACAAGAUGAAGAAAAGAAAAAGGCUGAAGUUGUUGCUCUAUAUAAGUUUAUCCAUAGACAACCUAUUGAAGAGCAUGUUGAAGAGCACACUGAAGAGCAUGUUGAAGAGCAACAGCAUAUAGAAGUAGAAGAGGCAGAAGAGCAAGAACCCGCUAAAGAGCUUGUUGAUAUAUAUGAUCCAAGAAGGUGGGAAAAACUUAAUUCUGAAGAAAUUAAACUUUUGGUCCAAAAAGGUCCUAAAAGAGAUAAUAAAAAGGGAUUUCAAAAGGGAAAUUGGAUGGUGAAGGUUAUGCAGAUUGGCACCAUGUUACCACUAGGGUUAACCGUUAAAAAACACGAAAUUUCAUUGGAUCAUCUUACAAAUUGGAAUAAGUGGUCUGAUAUGCGUAAAAGAUUGAACUUGAAUGAAACAAUUGAUAAAGUUCAAUACGAACAAUUCAAGAAAGAAAGAGAUUACUGGAAACAAGUCCUUUUGUGA